UCCAAUCGACAGACUGCUUGUUAGACCUAUUAGCCAAUCCUAUCUCAUAAGGUGGGAUUUAUCGGAAAACGGGUGGGAAAGGUAGUAACCCGGGGCUAAAAUGGCUGCUAGUAAUUAUUAUGGAUAUGCACAUGGAGCCGCUGCACCGCAAUACAGCAUCCAGCCACCCCCUGCAUACUCGCACCAAACCACUGGCAGCUACAGUGUUCAGCCUGCACAUGCAGUAGCUCACACAGCCUCAUUCUCUCCAGCCACAGCACACAAUCCUCAGCCAGCGGCAUCUCAAACCUUCCAACCGUACCAGACACACGCAGCUCCAAAUUACAGCUUUGGCCAGCAAGAAGCGGCACCUCAACAAAGCAGCGCCCCUCAGACCUAUCAGAUCUUCAGUGAAGGGGGGAACUGCAGCUAUGGACAGCCAUCAUUAGUCAGCAGCUAUGAGAACAAACAGUACUAUCAGACGAGUGACACAACUGCUCAGCGCAGUCCACUGGAGGCCUUCUUUCAGACAGGUGUGAAAAGUGAUUACGGGCCUGUAAGUGCAGUGUACAGCCAGUCUCUGCCUCAAGGACAGGCCACAGUGCUCAAAACUCUGCCUCCUACUAGCUCUGUGUCCACCAGCUACAGUGUUUACCCUACAUCCACCAGCGUACAGCAACCUCCGAGCUCCAUCUCCACCUUUACCCCCAGCUCCUCCUAUAACUCAACAGCUGCCACUUCAUACAGUGGUCACAGCUACUCCAGUUAUGAGCCCCGCAGCUAUAUCUCCACUCCUUCAUAUUAUCAAGCAACCCAACAUCUUGGUCCUCAGUGCCACAGCCUUCCCCAGGGUCCUUCCCCUCAGCCCCAGCUUCCCCAACAGCAAGCCCCGACACCUGCAAAGCAGCUCAACAGUUUGUCCUGGAGUAGCUCAAGGCACAGUUCGAGGGUCACCGCUUCUGCUGUCAGCACGUACAGAAAACCCACAUUUCAUCAGAAUAAAGUCCAAAAGCCUAAAGGCCCUCCCAAACAGCCUCAACUUCACUACUGCGAUAUCUGCAAGAUAAGCUGUGCUGGCCCCCAGACCUACCGUGAGCACCUGGAGGGUCAGAAGCACAAAAAGAAGGAGGCGCUGCAGAAGGGUAGCAGUCAGGUCAGUAAUGGGCCAAACAGUGUUCCGACUCAGCUGCGCUGUGAGCUUUGUGAUGUUUCCUGCACUGGUGCAGACGCCUACAAAGCACAUAUCCGUGGGGCCAAGCACCUAAAGGUGGUGAAGCUGCACACAAAACUUGGCAAACCUAUACCCUCCCCUGAGCCUGUUUUUGUGAACUCUGCUCCUGUUCCCAUGACAACAAUCUCUGCAAAACCUGCCACAGCUCCUGCUUCCUCUGCAGUGCCACAGAAACCAGCCAUCUUAAAGCCUCCCAAAACCGAGGCACUGAAGACACAUGCACCUCCGAAAGCCAUAGUUGCUGUCAAAGCUGCUGCUCCAGACCCGGUGAGGGUCGACGAGAUAAAGCAGGCAUUGCUGAAAUCUGACCUUCAGAGUGAAGAUGAGGGAAAUGGAGGUGGUGCUCAGGGAAAUGUCCAACCUGUUGGCCAUGAUUACGUAGAGGAGAUUCGCAGUGAUGACGGAAAGCUGGUUCGAUUCCACUGUAAGCUGUGUGAGUGCAGCUUCAAUGAUCCCAAUGCCAAAGACAUGCACUUAAAGGGCAGAAGACACCGCCUUCAGUAUAAGAAAAAGGUGAAUCCAGACCUGCUGGUGGAGAUCAAGCCGAGCAACCGCGCACGGAAGCUUCUGGAAGAUAAACUGAGGAAGCAGAAUCAGAAAGCCAUCCUGAAGAGACAGCUUGAGGACGAGCAGCACUGGCACAUGGAAAUGAGGAGAUAUGAGGAGGACAUUUACUGGAGGAAAGUCGAGGAGGAGCACCUGUACUGGGAGGAACAGCAGCGCAGACUAGCGCCCCCACUGUUCACAAACCACCCCGAUAUGCCUGUGCACCCUCUACUGCCUAUUUGCAGGCCUGAUUACCCAGACGACCACCACAUCAUGGCCAAGCACGCCAGCAUCUACCCAGCAGAUCAGGAGCUGGAAGCUGUGCAGCGUAUUGUGUCGCACUCUGAGCGAGCUCUCAAACUGGUGUCCGACUUGCUGGUGGAGCAGGAUGGCAAAGAAGCAGAGGAUAAGAACAGGUUGGAUCUUCAGGGCCGAGUGCUGAAGGGUGUGAUGAGGGCAGGGAUCCUGGCCAAAGGCCUGCUGCUGCACGGAGACAGGAACAUUCAGCUUAUCCUUCUCUGUGCCAAGAAACCCACCAUCACCCUGUUGAACAGCAUCGCACAACUGCUUCCCGAACAACUGAAGACCUUUUCUGAAGAUCAGUAUGUGGUGCAGGCUCAGCCUGAGGAAGCCAACAUCAUCAUUAUUUCCAGCAAGGAACCAAAAAUGCAGGUGACCGUCUGUCUCACUUCGCCCGUGAUGCGUGAGGAGCCUGAGCCUACGCCUGGCACGGAGGGAAAGGCAGGUGACAAGCUGCCUGAGAAAGUGCCUGAAGACCCUGCAGAUGCUCUAAACAGGACAAAGUGCCUUCAGUAUUUGGCUGCUCUUCGCCAUACCAAAUGGUUUCAGCAGGCCCGGGCAAACGGUCUCCAGUCUUGUGUGAUCGUCAUUCGUGUACUCAGAGACCUCUGUCAGCGAAUGCCAGCCUGGGGCAAGAUGCCUGACUGGGCCAUGGAGUUGCUGAUUGAGAAAGCCAUCAGCAGUGCAUUGACUCCUCUGAGUCCAGGAAAAGCCUUGCGCAGAGUUCUGGAGUGUAUUGCUAGUGGAAUCCUACUGCAAGGUGUACUCCUUCUGCUGUCAGAUGGUCCAGGUUUGAUUGACCCAUGUGAAAAAGUUCAAACAGACGCACUCAAGACCAUGACCAAGCAAGCCAGAGAGGAUGUAACAGCAAGUGCUCAGCAUGCCCUGCGACUGCUGGCUUUUCGUCACAUCCACAAGCUCUUAGGGAUGGACUCACUACUGGUGUCUAAGGCUGGCACUUGCAACCGCAAGAGACGGAGAGACAAAGCAGACGAGGUGGAGGAGGAAGGCAAGAAGGACAAAAAAAAUUUCCAUCAUGCCUGAAAAGUUCCACAGAUGUCAUGCGUAAUUCAUAACAAAAAUAUUCCUUCCUAAGAAAGGAAUGGUGUUGACAUUUCUUCUUUUAACAAAGCUCAAAAAAUGGAGAAGUAAUGUUUCCUCUUUUCUUGUUUUAUUACAGCUGUGCUGAAAAUAGACUUUCAGAGCAAGUCGCCAUUUAUAUAGCAGAAUAUAGCAGAAUAGCAGAGAAAAUACUAAAUAUUAACAUCCGCUGAAAAGUGAUAAUCUGUCGUUUUUUACUCAGAUUGAGUUCAAUAAUAGCACUGUCUUUUAAAUAAAUAAAUAAAUAAAUAAUACAACUUAAAUAAAUUAGUCCCUUAUAAAGAGGCCAGUUGCUUUAUUUUUAUUUUUAUAUAGUGGGUCUGGUCCAUUGAUAAGGAUGUAAAGAGUCCGAUUCUGAGAUUCCAAUUCUAGACAAUAGUGUCAUUAAUUUGUAUGGAUACUGUACUACUGCGAAGAGAUUAGAGUUUAUAUAUAUAUAUAUAUAUAUAUAUAUAUAUAUAUAUAUAUAUAUAUAUAUAUAUAUAUAUAUAUAUAUAUAUAUCUUUAAUCACAGGAAAACAAGUAUUAAGAUUUUACACCAAAAGCUUAUUGAAAGUAAUAUAUAUUUGUUUUCUCCAAAAGAGAAACGUAUAAUUUUGUGAAUUAAACAAACGAAGCGUUAAGGUUGAGCUUAAAAACCUGCUUGUUAAUGGAAAAAAAAAACCUGUUUGUUUAAUACCUGGUCAUUAAGUUUGAAAUCCAAGUCACGUCUUUUCAUUGCACAUGUAGAGAAUCUUUGCCAUUCUGACUAAAGGCGAGGAUCUACCUGUGUCACAAAAGCUUAAUAAACAGGAAUAAAAUGAACAGAUUUUAUGAACAUCUACAGAAAUGGAGUGUUAUGCGGGAUCUUCUGUUCUCUUGUGCCUGAAAUUAAGGGAGCUUAGAGGGGCAGAAUAAAGUGCACUUGAAGUGUGUGGAACAAAGUGGGUGAAGAUGUUAGUAAUUGUUUCAUACUGUGAUAAACUAUGCAAUAAGUAGUCUCAUUAUUAUUAUUAUUAUUAUUAGUAGUAUUAUUAGAGCAAUGAUGUUUUUUUUCUGAAUUUGUGUUCUGUAGAAGUGCGGAAUGUUAUAAUAGUCAGAUUUUGGUGAUGUUUUUGGUUAAAGGUGUGAACCUUUUGGAAAGUCUUUGUAGUGCUGUUUAAAAUUGCACAUAUUAAACUCCUAUAUGCACAAAA